AUGGACGUGUACUUGGACGUGGACGUGGACGUGGACAUGGACGUGGACGUGGACGUAGACGUGGACGUGGACGUGGACGUGGACGUGGACGUGGACAUGGACGUGGACGUGGACGUGGACGUGGACGUGGACAUGGUCGUGGACGUGGACGUGGACGUGGACAUGGACGUGGACAUGGACAUGGACGUGGACGUGGACAUGGACGUGGACGUGGACGUGGACGUGGACGUGGACGUGGACGUGGACGUGGACAUGGUCGUGGACGUGGACGUGGACAUGGAUGUGGACAUGGACGUGGACGUGGACGUGGACAUGGUCGUGGACGUGGACGUGGACGUGGACGUGGACAUGGACGUGGACGUGGACGUGGACAUGGACGUGGACGUGGACGUGGAGGACUUGGACGUGGACAUGGACAUGGACGUGGACGUGAACAUGGACGUGGACGUGGACGUGGACAUAGACGUGGACGUGGACGUGGACAUGGACGUGGACUUGGACGUGGACAUGGACGUGGACAUGGACGUGGACGUGGACGUGGACGUAGAUGUGGACGUGGACGUGGACGUGGACGUGGACGUGGACAUGGUCGUGGACGUGGACGUGGACGUGGACGUGGACGUGGACACGGUCGUGGACGUGGACGUGGACGUGGACGUGGACGUGGACAUGGACGUGGACGUGGACGUGGACGUGGACAUGGACGUGGACGUGGACAACAUAGACGUGGACGUGGACGUGGACGUGGACGUGGACAUGGACGUAGACGUUGACAUGGACGUCGACAUGGACGUGGACAUGGACGUGGACGUGGACGUAGACGUGGAUAUGGACGUGGACGUGGACAUGGACGUGGACAUGGACGUGGUCGUGAAUGUGGACAUGGACGUGGACGUGGACGUGGACGUGUACGUGGACGUGGACAUAGACGUGGACGUGGACGUGGACAUGGACGUGGACGUGGACGUGGAGGACUUGGACGUGGACGUGGACAUGGACGUGGACGUGAACAUGGAUGUGGACGUGGACAUGGACGUGGACGUAGACAUGGACGUGGACGUGGACGUGGAGGACUUGGACGUGGACAUGGACAUGGACGUGGACGUAAACAUGGACGUGGACGUGGACGUGGACGUGGCAUGGACGUGGACAUAG